GACGCGAUAAUGCCUGUGAGAAGACAUCAUAUAUGUUCCUACGGAAGGAACUUCCUGUGCGACUAGCUAACACCAUGAGAGAAGUUAAUUUGUUACCUGAUAACUUGCUAAACAGGCCCUCGGUUGGGCUAGUUCAGAGUUGGUACAUGCAGAGUUUUCUUGAACUUCUAGAAUAUGAAAAUAAAAGCCCUGAGGACCCUCAUGUUCUUGAUGAUUUUCUAGAGGUUUUAGUAAAAGUCAGAAACAGGCACAAUGAUGUGGUUCCAACCAUGGCACAAGGAGUGAUUGAAUACAAGGAAAAGUAUGGCUUUGAUCCGUUUGUUAGUAGUAAUAUCCAGUAUUUUCUAGAUAGGUUCUAUACCAACCGCAUCUCGUUCCGCAUGCUUAUUAACCAGCACACGCUACUUUUUGGUGGAGACAUUAAUCCUGCUCAUCCCAAACAUAUUGGUAGUAUCGAUCCUAAUUGUAAUGUUGCUGAUGUAGUUCAAGAUGCUUAUGAAACAGCUAAGAUGUUGUGUGAGCAAUACUAUAUGGUUGCACCAGAUUUGGAAGUUGAAGAAUUCAAUGCUAAAGCUCCAGACAAGCCUAUUCAAGUAGUCUAUGUGCCCUCACAUCUGUUUCAUAUGCUGUUUGAGUUGUUCAAGAACUCAAUGCGAGCUACAGUGGAGUUGCAUCAAGGUAAAAGAGAAACCUAUCCAUCAAUUAAAACGUUAGUCACUUUGGGGAAAGAAGAUUUAUCCAUAAAGAUAAGUGAUCAAGGUGGCGGUGUCCCUUUGAGAAAAAUAGACAGGUUAUUUAACUACAUGUACUCAACAGCGCCAAGGCCUAGUUUGGAGCCAACACGAGCAGUACCUUUGGCUGGAUUUGGCUAUGGUUUGCCAAUCUCUCGUCUUUAUGCUAGGUACUUUCAAGGUGACCUCAAACUCUACUCAAUGGAAGGCGUGGGUACUGAUGCUGUAAUUUAUUUGAAGGCUCUUUCAAGUGAAUCAUUUGAAAGACUUCCAGUUUUUAAUAAGUCAGCAUGGCGACACUAUAAGACCACACCUGAAGCUGAUGACUGGAGCAAUCCUAGCAGUGAACCCAGGGAUGCUUCUAAAUACAAAGCUAAUCGAUAAAUACCCACCUUUCAUCUCUCCCAAAGAUGAUCUCUGCAUUCAGUAUAGAGUCUGCUUUGUUCACAAACACUCCAAACCCCAAUAGUUAACUACUUCCAUACACUGACCACUGAAAACAGCAAGAACAAAGUGAUGUAUGGGACUUGUGAAAGAAAGGCACUAAGCAUGUCUGCUGUAUGAGUUGUUGUAACUACUUUAUCAAAAUAUGCUUGGAUUGGUUGGCUGUAUGUUGACAGAAGGGAUUGCACUGUGAUUGCACUUAGGUAUACAAUUGUAUAGUAAAAGGUAUUAUUUUUUAAAAGCCAGUUUUUAUUCACAGAUAAGAAUUGGUGAGAUGUGUAAAAUCCCUUUUAAUAGUCAGUGGCAUCUUACACAGCAAUACGGUGCAAUGGAAAGGUUCUAGUAUAAUUGAACAUGUGCAUAGAAAAUAAACUCUUUGCUGCAUUUUUAUAUUAAGCAGUAUCACUUGUUACAAAACAUACCUUUGGACUAUUCAGAUCUUACAGCAAAUUUAAGUCUAGUUCUAAAAGGGCUGUGCAGCUUUAAACUGAUGCUUUGCCCAAGUUCUCAAAUCCAUUUCUCACAUAUAUACAAAAAAUACGUUCUUAAAUGGCACUGCAACCUUCAGUUUUUAGUAUGCACCUUAUUGCUUUUAUUGACUUGCACAAGAAUGCCAGAUGGUAAACCAUAUUAAUUAUGCAUUUGUAAAUCUUUCCCCCCUCAUUUUAAGGAAGGGUCAUAAGGGGUUAGUGCUUCUCUUCAUACCUACAAGCGAUUCCCAUUAAUAUAAGGGAGAGACUAAAUUUCAGAUGUGAUAUUCUUGGCCAGUCAAAUAUUUUUGUUUUGUUUUUAGGAAAAGAGAAAGAGACCAAACAGCCAGUCAUAUAAAUGAAUUUGCCUUAAGAACAUUGGUUACCUGAAAUCUGAUUAGUCAUAAAACUGUAAAUAAUUUACAGAGCUAUUUGUAAGUUAAAUGUAAGACCGUAGUCUGGUAAUUUGAAUGCAUAGCAUAUAUACAGUUGUACACCAGCUUUGGGAAAGCAUUACUGGGCUAAAUGUUUUGAAACCGGAAGCAUAGUAGAAAAAAAGAUUGGUGAUGCCUGAUUUAAAAUGCUGAUGAUGUCUUCCAAGGAGGAAAAUUCUAAAUAAACAGCAUCAACUAAAAUUGGUUGAGAAGGACUGAUGAACGGCAAGAAGCUGUCCUCUUUCAAGUCUUUGCCAAAAACUACCAAAAGAAUGAAGCUAGAAUGAAUUAUAAUGUAGCUAACAGGGCCCUAAGUCAUGCCCUCAGUUUCUCUUGGUGUUUUGAUAUUUUUGAAAAAUAUUGCAGAUUUUAACAACAACAACAAACUUGUUUGCUAAAACUGUGGGGGAAAUGUCUGUUUUGUUCUCCUGAAUAUUUAUUUUUGUAAGAAUUGGUGUGAGAUAAACUGGAAAAAUGUGAGAAAUUUCUAAUUUGUUUUUAAAUGGAGUCUGACAGUACUGAUAGGACUUUGCACGUAGAUAGCAUGCUUCAUUCAAGGAUUUCAAAGUGCUUGAUAAGCAAUAAGUUUAAAGAACCCCAUUUUCUGUCCUAGUUCUGCAAAUAUUUGAAUGUGAUUUUUGAAGUCAAUAGGAGUACUUCUUUCUUCAUGGAGGGUGCCACCAAUGAAAUCAUAUGCAGGGUGUCUGUGACUUUUUGAACAAUAAUCCACAAUGGUUGCAGACACUGUUGGGGAGAGAGAGAAUGCUUUUUGUGAUAAAGCUGAGUGAUCCAUUUGCCUUUGCAGAAAAACCAGAACCAUAAUAGAAAAUGUGUUAAAUGGCUAAAUCCUUCAUUUAAAGGGACAGAGUUGACCUGAAAUGUAGUCACUAUUUUCAGAUGGUAUAUCUGUCCCCCAGCUUCUUUGAGUAUCCUUUUCUUAAGUUUUUUCCAAGUUGCUUUAUGAACAGUGCCUGCAAACCAGAGAGGAAAAGUUGACCAUGAUCUUGAAGAAAGUGAAUCUUGCAUUUUGCCUUUUAUGGACAAUCAUAUUUUCUUGAAAAAUACAUAUUCUUGAGUAAAUGACACAGUUUGAAGAACAGGACAGGUGUACGAACUCCAUUAAUAUGUUCUGGCUUUUCUGACUUUUAAUAUGAAAGUGUCAUGUUCUUACACAGUAACUAGUACUACUGACUGGUGGCUUGUUCUGCUUGCUUGUUGUUUAUAAAAGGAGAAUAUAAAUGUCCAUAAAUGCAGAUACUGAAUAGAGAUUCACUUUUGUUCAGUAAAUUUAAUUAAGAACAUGUAAAUGGAGAAGCUAUUGAAUAAGUAGUAAAAUAUGAUGGAAGGAGUAUUGCUAUAGUGACUGGACUAUCCCACUACUUAUUAAUCUGGAGUUUAAUAUCUAAUUAGACCAUUCCAUUUAGUCCUGUUCCUAGUACUUAAAAACUUAAGUCCCUAGAAAUGUCUUCAUUUGGAAAUUAAUUCAUAAACCCUGAAGUUAGUCUAAAAGUUCAAGGAAGGGAGACUGCAUAGACUGCUCUUUUUAUUCCUCUGUCCUUCCCAGGUCAGUUUGUUUGCUUUCAGGCAGACCCCAGACUUAGUGAGUGGUUGAUUUCAUGCUUCCUUCUGUACUUGUGCAGAAAUCAGUUUUGUCAUAAGUUUAGCCUUCCUUAUUCAUGUCUCCUCCCUUUGCAGGAUGCUGGCCUGAAGAAAAGGAAUAAGGAUGGGGGUGGAGGAGGAGGAGGGGAGAAUGGACAGAAACAGAAGUUUCCCAGUGUUAUUCCAUGAAUAAUGAGGAUGGAUAACUUCCUUUUUUGUCUUACCCAGUGUAACUACUGAACUACACAUGCCAGCUUCUAGCAUCUUCCUAAGAAUUUACAGUUAACUCAUAUAUUCUGCAUGGGAGAAAGUGACAGGGUGUACACAUGCUGAAAUGUGCAUAUUGUAGUCCUUAGUUUAAUGUGACUACUUGUUACUAAUUUAUUUAAUUUAUUUAAAUUUCCUUUAAAAAGGUGGGGGGUGGGUAAGCCAUACUAUCCUAUACUAACUGGGUUUUUUUGGUAGAUUUUGCAAGGUAGAGGAGUCUAUUGCGGUUAAUACUUGCUAGGAAAUUUUCAGUGAAUCCCUGGAUGCUCAGGUUAAGUGUUCUCUUUUAACUCAGUAGAAGAUGCUGUUUGUCUCUGUUAGGCUCAGUGCUCCAUCCUAACGUGUAAGGGAGUCUUUACGCUGCUGUAGUUUAUGCUGUUUCUUGGAUAAUAUUUUUAACAACUUCCUUAGUAUCUCUUAAAAAAGCAUGGAUGUUUUUGUUGGUCUUUAAUAUUUUAUUUUAUUUUCAUUUAUAACUUUCAGUGUACAUAAAUUCAGCUCUAAUUGGAUAUAUUUCUUUUUGUCCUCACAUGUUGCACAGAGUUUUUGUUCACUGCAAAACAGCUGUCACCUUCCACUAAUAAAGGUGAGAGCAUUUAUCUGGGUGGGAUGAGAUCCCACUAUAUUCUCCUACCUACCUACCUCAAAGUAUACUAAAAAUGUAGGGCAAAAUCCUGCCUCCUUUGAAGUUGAUGGCAAAACUCCUGUUGAUUUCACCCUUAAUGUUUUUAAUGAAGCACUUUUAGAUCCUUGUGUCUAAGGUGCUAUAAAGUGCAAAGCGGGCUUGGCUGACCAAAAUACAUUUUUUGUAUUCAAAACCCCCUUAAGUGUCUAUGUUGAGUGUAUUAAUCUAUUGCUAUCUGUGCCAAGUUGGCAGUUGUUAGCAUUUAGUUAUUAUGCAUGUUUUCUUGGUUGUAGCACAGAUGCUGUGGUUUUUCUAACAGCUCUUCAUCUGCUUUUUCUGGAUGUGCACUUGCAAAUUGAUGUAUUCCAAUGCGUUUUAGCAAUCUUUGAAGCUAGUUGACAUUGAGGAUAAUUUAUUAUUGAGUAUGAAGGGGAGUUGAUCAAAAGAUAAUUAAACAACACAAUUUUGAAGGAAGUAGCAACUUCAGGGCUCCAUCCUGAAAACAUUUACACAAGUAACUGUUCAUUGAAAUAAUCUUAUUACCGUCAGUGUAUUUUCUGUAUGGGGACUUCAGCAAUCAAUGGUCAUUAAAAUUUCCACAUUAUUCCGUAAUUUUUUUUCUCUUAUAAAAUAACCAGGAAAAAAGGAACAUAAAUAACAUUUUAGUUGCAAUAUUAAAGAUGCCUUAAAGUGUUUCACAGAUUGGCAUAAUCAUGCUUCUUUCUUCUGAGUUUCAAAACAUUUUUAGGUGAUAUUCUAAGAGAAUAUAUAUGUUUUAUGAGCUACUUUGAUGUCAACUAAUAGUGUAUGCCUUUUAAUUUAUUUAAGAAUUUCUUUGAAUUGAAUUCUGAUGGGUGCCAGAUUGAUCCUGGAGAUCUUAUUCCUCUGUGUGCAGAUCAUGUUCUAGCAUAGGCAGUUGCAGUCCUCAACCCUAUUCAGUUAGGACUGUCCUGGGAUAUGAGAACUCCUGGCCCAUUCUGUACUUGCCUUUUCUACUGAAACUGCUAACGGAUUGCAACAUUUGUGCCAGUUGUGUUGGGUUCUGUCAUUUGGAUUCCUUCCAAUAGAAGCUGAGCCCUUGGCUGGUUUAGCAUAAGUCACUAAGCUGCAUUCAUAUGAUAGUUAAGUUUGGGUCGCUGCUGAGAUGGGCUACAUCACAUUUGUCAUUUUAGAGGAACAUAUUGGCAAUCCCUAACAAGUUGCAUUGUUUAUAAUGUUGGCAAAUUACUGGUUUAAAUCAGUUUGACUAUUUUAGAUCUGUGGAGAAGAGGGGAAAUGAACUUUUCAGAAGAUUCCAUGGAGAUGGGUUUUAAUUUUGAUUUCUUGUAAUUUGUGUUGGAACUGUUUCUAGUCUGCUAACCUUGUGUAUAACUUGGUAUACUCUCCUUCCUGUUCCUUUUCACUGUUGUCAAAUAAAAAGUUUUAAAAGA